AUGCAGCAGCCAUCGCCCUCCGAAGAGACAAAUAAUCUACUUGCCCGCCUAUCGACUCGACCAGGAGUGCAAGGCACAUUGAUUCUCUCACGAGACACCGGAGUUAUCGUGCGGUCCUCUGGCCUAGCAACGGACGAAGAAGACGGCGACGGCGAGCCCGCACCGCCAGGAAGCAGCCACGGACAGGCAAAUGGCACAGACGGCGAGAUCAAGAAGAAGGGCACAAGAAAGGCGAAAGAGGUUGCGAGACUGGUCUGGAAAUUCGUGCAGAGUGCAGGAGAGAUGGUUGAAGAGCUCAAUGGUGCGACGGACGAAUCGAAGCUACUGCGCGUGAGGACAAAGAGGAACGAGAUGGUUAUCGUGCCUGGUAGGUGGUCUGUGCUCUUCGAUGGGGUUGUCUGCGGCUAAUUAUGCUCCAGACGCAAAAUUUCUGCUGGUCGUCCUACAUGAUACGCCUCCAGCAUGA